UCCUUGUUCCCAAUUUUCUUUCCCAGAAAACCCAUAGCCUCUGUCCCUUGAUAAAAGAAACCCCUAAAAUCUCUCUCGAAAACCAUUUUCUCAGUUCUUCAUUCGCUGCCUGAGUUGCCCAAUCCAUAUAUUCUCAAUUCCCCAAUUGCUGCUAUCUAUGGAUUCGGAGACGAAAGAGAGACUGAAGCUCAAGAUUCAACAUGUUCUGGAUGCGGUUAAAGCUCUUCAAGAAUUGGAGAAACAGGUCGACCUCUGCAUCGCCCAAGAUGUCGGACCCAUGGAAUCCAACCCGGCCGGAGUUAGAACCGACGCCGGAAAAGCAAAAGAAGUACUGUAUCGUCAUCUAACCGAGCUAAUGUCGAUGUUGAUGAAGAGUCAAGAAUCCAGUUGUUUCUCCCUCAAAGUCCCGCAGACGGAGAGAGACAUGACUUUCUUAAAAAUGGUGGCGGAAGUGCUUAUUGGUCGUUCGGAGGAGGAGGAAGAAGAUGCAGUCGCCAAGAAACGACACCGUUUCGUAAAGACCGAUCAAGAUGGAAUUUUCAGUCGGUGUGGAAAGUGGUUUCUUGGAAGGGCGGCCGUUUGUGGCCGAGAACUUACUGCGUUCUGCGACGUUUGGGUGGCCAUAUCCACCGUGCUUCUUGUCGUGAAACUCUGGCAACAAUUCUCGUCGGCCGACAUGGCUGAAUUGGCGAGAGAACACCGGGAAGCCAUGGAUAACGUGAAAGAUCACAUCAGCUUCACCGCCAAAAAAUGAUUUGAUUUACUGGACUGGAGUCACUGACCGAUUUUUUUACAUACAUUGUUAUCUGUUUAAUUUUUUUUUUUUAAAAAAAAAAAACUGUUUAAAUUCUUUGUAAAUAGAGGGGUUAUAAGGGAGAGUAUCCAAAAAAAAAAAAAAAAAAGGUGCAAUAA